GCUGUCAUGUACUGGUUAUAUUUCCAUGUGUUAUUUCAAUGUAUCUAUUGUUAUGAAAAUUUGAGCAGAAGAUUCUCGACCAAAGUAUCAUUAAGCUCAAUGCAUGUAUCUCUAUAUGCAAAACUUGCAAAUGAUGGUAUUACGGAGCAGGGUGAAUACAAGUUAUGUUCUCAUACUGCCUCAGGAUUCUCUACAGCCUGGCUUCAAGUGGAUCUUCAAGAAAUCUAUAGCUUAAAAUCUGUCAAAAUAUACUACAGAAAUCAGACAGAUUGGCCUCCUUACCGGUUUCGUCAAUUCUACUUAGAUGUAUCUAACUCGUCAGCAAAUGUAACUUCUACAGCACAAAGAACACGUUGUUACAAAGACAAAACUAUAGAACCGUACGUACCCCCAGCUUUGAUUGACAUUCCUUGUUUGCACACAGCGAGAUACAUCAUUGUGGAAACUACCUAUGACGCUCCAGAAGAUUAUCAGAUUGGUGCUAUAUUAGAAAUUUGUGAAAUAGAAGUUAAUGGUUGCAGCGUAGGAAAGUUUGGAGAGUUUUGUGAAAAUUGUCAAUGUACUACCUGCAGUAUCAUAGAUGGUACAUGUCCUGUCGCAUGUAGUGAUAAUUGUCGAAAUAGAACAUGCAGUCCGUUAUCUGGAUAUUGCGUAAAUGGAUGCAAAGAACUUUAUUAUGGACCCAAAUGUGAGCAUCAGUGUAGUUCUCUGUGUAACCCCCAGAGUUGUGACCGAGAUUCUGGUGCGUGUUCUGCAUGUAAAAAUGGCUCUUACGGUCCAUAUUGUAAUAAGACGUGCAGUCCAUUUUGCAGGUUUAAUGUUUGUGAUUCCAAUACUGGAGAUUGUCAUCAUGGAUGUAAAUCGAAUUGGACAGGAGACUUUUGUAACAAAUGCACUGAUUCACAUUUUGGCCAUAAUUGUUCUGAAAGGUGCAACAUCAACUGUAAAGAUCGACUGUGCAAUAAUAUUACUGGGUCUUGUACCCAAGGGUGUGAAACUGGAUUCUUCAAGGAGACUUGCAAUGAAAAUUGUAACCCCGAUUGUUUUAAUGGAUGCAACAGACUAACAGGCUAUUGUGAUAAUGGCUGCGUUGAAGGAAAGUUUGGAAAGGAGUGUCACGACAAUUGUGGAUCAGGCUGUCUUUCGAAGAGCUGUGCUCGUAUAAAUGGAAACUGUACAUGCGCAAAUGGAUGGAACGAGGAUAAGUGUACAGAAUGCAGUCCAAACUUUUAUGGUAAAUUCUGCGAAAUAAAAUGUAGCGAACAUUGUUAUUAUUCGACAUGCUUUUCUAACAAUGGAUCAUGUAUUGGUGGAUGUUCUGGAUAUUUCACAGAUAAAAAAUGCACAAAAGCCCUAGAGAUCAGUAAUACAUUAGAUCCUGCAUCCAUCGGUCUUGGAGUAGGUGUUGGGGCUUCAUUAGUUAUUCUUAUCUUUGGUUUUGUCAUCGCUAUUGUUAUAUAUAUUAGAAUUAUAAGGAGAAAAAGACUGGCUUACAAAAACCGGGAAACACAAUUAAAGGACUACGACAACAAAAAAGUCGUAUUUAGAAGACAGGAUAAUCAGAAGAAUCUUCAAUCAAAUAUAUUAAGCAAUAAAUAUGGUGCUUCAGAGAACAUCGUAGAUGAUUACGAAAAUGAAAUAAAAGGGGGUUUCGAGAGUAAAACCUAUCAUGAAGUUUCAGACAUUGAUAAUAAGUAUAGUACACAACAGAAAAAUGAAUACUUGUCCAUUUCAGAGACGGUCCAUGAAAAGUCAAUUUAUGAUCAACUCCAACUUUAACACUUAUAUGCCUCCCAAUUCUUUAUUGUAUAUAUUUGCUUCAAGUAGUACCAAUAAUAGACUGAUAUAUAUUUGAUAAAAUAGUGAGUUUAAAUUCUUUAUAUUUUAAAGUUUCAAAGCCAAGAAGUAAUCUUUCACAAAUUAAUUCUAUGUUGAUUUUUUUUCAUGAAGCUCGUUAAACAAUGAGAACAAUACACAAUCAUAUACUAGGAUGACCUUGAAAAAUCGCAAAGGUUUUCCAUGAAAAUUAUCCUUUUUUUCAGUUAUUUUUGAAUGAACAGAUUCUUCCGGCUUUGUAACACAUUGAUAAGGAACCUUUUGAGAUAGAUAUGUUUUUUCUCUUUUGUUUUUGUCCCUGUAUAUCUCUCAUAAUACAAAAACAUGUCCAUUGAAAUGUACGAAACAUAGCUACAUGUACAUGAAGUACAAGUUGUAUCUAUAGACCACUCAGACUAACACUAUAAAAAACUAUAGCUAGUAAUAGUAUUUUUUUAGGUGAAGGCUAGUUUUAAAAUGAUUAAAUUUUCACAAAAUCCAUUCUUUUAUUUUUAAUUUGAAUUAAUUUAGCCAAAACUAUAUAAUAUUGGAACUUCUGUUUAGUAAAAUUUGAAGUCCUUCAUUAUAAGACUCAAAGCUUUCCUAAGCAUCCUAAGCACCGAUAUUGGAAAAUAACACAUUUUUUGACAAAAAGUAGUUUAACAAGGCUAUAUCUUUAGAGAUACUUUGACUUUAGUGCGAUUUUAAAGGGGUCUAGACAGUUUCAGUUAAAAUAAUUUUCCAUUUUUUCAUGCUGAACUAUGCUGAACUAAGGUAUUUCUGAUAAACAUCAAACGAUUUUAUUUCAGUUUUCGAGAUACAAAAGAGACUUAGAGUUCCAAACCUUUAUUAUGUAAACAAGGCCUGUGUAAUGUU